UGGUGGCCGGCGCCGGGCGGGGCGGCCCGAUCCGCCAGGAUGCUGCCGUCGCAGGAGGCCUCCAAGCUGUACCAUGACAACUACGUGCGGAACUCGCGGGCCAUCGGCGUGCUGUGGGCCAUCUUCACCAUCUGCUUCGCCAUCAUCAACGUGGUGGUGUUCAUCCAGCCCUACUGGGUGGGAGACAGCGUCAACACGCCCAAACCCGGCUACUUCGGGCUGUUCCACUACUGCGUGGGCAGCGGGCUGGCGGGCCGCGAGCUGGCGUGCCGCGGCUCCUUCACCGACUUCAGCACCAUCCCCUCGGGCGCCUUCCAGGCGGCGGCCUUCUUCGUGCUGCUGUCCAUGGUGCUGACGCUGGGCUGCAUCACCUGCUUCGCGCUCUUCUUCUUCUGCAACACCGCCACCGUCUACAAGAUCUGCGCCUGGAUGCAGCUGCUGGCAGCUCUCUGCCUGGUGCUGGGCUGCAUGAUCUUCCCCGACGGCUGGGAUGCGGAGACCAUCCGGGACAUGUGCGGGGAGAAGACGGGGAAGUACUCCCUGGGCGACUGCUCCGUGCGCUGGGCUUACAUCCUGGCCAUCAUCGGCAUCCUCAACGCCCUCAUCCUCUCCUUCCUGGCCUUCGUCCUCGGCAACCGGCAGAACGACCUGCUGCACGAGGAGCUCAAGACAGAGAGCAAAGAUUUUGUCGGCACCGCGGUAAGUCCUGAGUUUCAGCAUCCCGUCCCCUACUCCUGCGUGGCAUGUCUGGGUGCGACCGUGCUGGGUGGCCCCAUGUGGAUGGGAAAUAAGUGGGGGCGGCAGGUUUGAGGCAUGCACGUGCAUGGCACAAAUGACUGCAGCCACCCGGUACCGCCCCCGGGCGCCUGUACCCAACGCGCUGUGCUCUCC